CGCAAAUCAGGCUGUAGGGUGAAGAGCCGAUUCCGGUGUGUCGUGGGGGAAGUGGGAGCCACGACUCGCACCUCGAGGCUGCCCGGACCAGCGGAAGGCACCAACGCACAGUUACAGGGACCAUGCAGCGCUGGCUCUCGCGGACGUCGAGCCUCUUCUCGGUGCGGACGCACCGCCGCAACUGGACGCAGCGGGCCGGUGGUUUGGUGGAGGCCGAGCUGCCGGCGAACCCCAUGCUGUUACUCGACGAGUGGCUGGCCGCGGCCCUGCAGGAUGGCCACAUCAUCGAGCGCGGUUUUGUGCUGGCGACGUCUUCUGCUGAAGAGGGCCCGACGGCGCGGACCGUGGUCUGCCGCGACGUCUGCGAGGACGGGUCGAUCACGUUUGGUACCAACCCUAACUCUCUCAAGGGCCGGAGUUUACGGGACGAGCCGCGCUGCGAGGCCGUGUUCCGGUGGGGCACGCGGCAGGUUCGGUUGAGAGGCACGUGUGCCGUCGACAAUGACAAUACAGAGGAGAUGUUCCGGACGCUGCCCCGGCCGGCCAGGGUCUCGCUGGAGCUCCUCCACCCCAUCGGUCAGGGGAACGACGUGUCCGAGGCAAAACAUCAGGAGCUCCUCGCCGAUGUCGAGGCGUCUUCCUUAGAUCCGCAGACGCCGCCCGCCACGUUCACGGCGUACCGCAUCACGGCCUCGACCCUCGAGUUCUACCAGUCGCUGCGCGAGGACUUUAUUGUGGACCGCUUCCUCUACGUGCGCGACGGCGCGGCCUGGAGCCCGCCGGUGCGUUUGGCCGGCUAGAAGAAGCCCGUGCAAUUGGACCAGCUGAUGUACAUACUGCAGCAAGCUCCUCCACCGCUUUGCGUCGCGCGCGCCGUCGCUCGGGCGCGCACGACGCCUCCCGUCGCUCCACCCUUCGCUCAAUUCGCUCUCAAGGCUGGCUCACGCGCUCGCUCCGCACAUGUCCGUGCUGAACGACGCGCCCUCUCCGUACAUUCGCGUGCACAUAUCUAUGCCUAAAAAACCAGUUAG